AUGGUCGGAAGAAAGCGGCGAUCAAAUGCAACCGGUCGUCGAGGAAGCAGUAAUGCCGUCGCUGUCGCAGGGAGGGGUGCUUCAAGCAUCUAUCGCGAGAUGCUUGCUGAAGCCGGCAUAGAGGGAUCUGCACCUCGAGACAGAAUCAGUGGUGAACCUCCGCUAAAACGACGGCGUGCCGGUAAACAAGGUCCUAGUGAGGAGCCACAAGCAGGAAGCGAUACGGUCGCCGCCAUCCAAGAGUCAUCAGACGACGAAGACGAAAACGUCGAGUUCUAUGAUGUGCCUUUACCACCUGCGCAGGUACAAACAAUCGAACGAGAUUCAGAAGACGACAGCGACGAGGAUGAAGAAGACUUGGUGUUCCAGGACGUCGAUCUUGUCGCCGCGCUGGAAAAGGGCAAGGACAUCGCAUCGUCGGUCGCUGAGCCGAGGGCACAAGACCUCGAGCUCAACUUGACGGCCCAAAAAGCCGCAAACGCGGCGAGCAAGCGCAAUGCCGAACGUCGCAAACCUAUAACAAAGGAAGAGCGAGACCGGCGGCUCAACGUGCACAAGAUGCACCUGCUGUGCCUGCUCUCGCACGUUGCACGACGAAAUCACUGGUGCAACGACGAGCAGGUGCAGGACGCGCUGCGGCCGCACCUGAGCGGCAAGACGAUCGACUACCUCACGCCGGGAUCCCAUCUUUCGCAGUUUGGCCAGACCGAGAGCUUCAAGACGGGCCUCAAGCAAGCGGCCGACAUGUGGCGCGCCAAGUUUGAGGUGACGGAGCGGGGGCUGCGGCGCGCGCGCUGGGCCGAGGACGCGGCGCAGCUGGAGCAGUACCAGCUCCCCGACCAUCCGGAGACGUGCACCGACAGGCAGGAUUUUGGCCACGCGGCAAAGACGCUGCAAGGCUCGCGCGAUGUGGGCGCCCAGCUGUACUGCGCGCUGCUGCGGGGUGUGGGCGUCAAGGCUAGGCUCGUGUGCUCGCUGCAGCCGCUGGCGUUUGGCAACGGAGCGCCGACGCUACCUAGGGUGGCGCCGGCAAAGACGCCGGCCAAGACGUCGAUUACGACACAGCGGGCGGAGGAAGCGCGCUCUCAGGUUGCUCAGUACAAAGAAAUGGCGGCCGCGACGGCUCAGACCAGCUCGACGAGGCCGACGGCACGACGGCGGCUUGGACAUCCAAGUGCUGCCAGUCUUAAUUUUGAGCCUAAGCCGUCACCGUCACUUACGAAACCGCAAAAGAGCUUUGCGACGCCGGUGCGGCUUCGAGAGUCUGCGCAUCCCGUCUACUGGGUGGAAGUGCUGGAUACGGGCCAUCAAAAAUGGCAGCCAGCGGAUCCGGUAGUCACGCAUACGUUCUGGAAGACGAAAACUCUGGAGCCAUCUAUUACGGAUAGGGAAAACUGCAUGAGUUAUGUGGUCGCAUUUGACGAGGAUGGCACGGCACGCGAUGUUACAGUCCGAUAUGCAAAGGCGUAUACGGCAAAGACGAGGCGCAUCCGGGUCGACGGGACUGAUGACAAUGGCUGGUGGCGGAGAGCGAUGCGACCAUUUACUAGGCGGCGCCCGACGACCCUCGACCAGAUUGAAAACGCGGAGCUGGCAGGGGUGGAAUCCAGAGAACCCAUGCCUCGCAAUGUACAAGACUUUAAAGAUCACCCGGUGUUCGCGCUGCAACGACAUUUACGGCGCCACGAAGUACUUGUGCCGACAGCGAUGCCAUCUGGCACUGUGAGCUCCGGCAACAAGGGCCCGCUGGAGAAAAUAUAUCGAAGACGGGAUGUGCGGAUCGCCAGAACCGCUGACAAAUGGUUCCGGAUGGGACGUCAAGUGCUGCCCAACGAGAUCCCCGCAAAAUGGCUACCCAAAAUUAAACGAACAAGGCCGAGAAAUGAAUCGCUCGACGACGACGCGCGCGCAGAACAGGACGCGCAAGACGCGGCUGGCGUACCAAUUUACACGGAAGACCAAACAGAGCUUUACACGCCCGAUCCGGUGCGCAACGGCCGAGUGCCCAAGAACAAGUUUGGCAACGUCGAGGUCUACGUGCCGAGCAUGAUUCCCCGCGGCGGCAGGCACAUUGUGCAUGACUUGGCGGCGCACGCGGCCAAGCUGGUGGGCGUGGACUAUGCGCCGGCGCUGACGGGUUUCGAGUUCAAGGGCCGACAGGGCACGGCGGUUCUCAAGGGCAUCGUGGUCGCGGAGGAGUAUGGUCCCGCGAUUGAGGCUGUGCUCGCGGGGCUGGAGAAUGUGGAACAAGAGCAGGAGGAGGAGCGCAAGAGGCUCGUGGCGCUGAAGAUGUGGCGACGACUGCUGAUGGGAUUGCGCAUAAGGGAGAGGAUAUGGAGUGGCGUGGAUGAGGAGGAGAGACGGGCCGCGGAGGAGGAAGCUGACCGGGUUCUGGAGGAGGCGGAUGCGGUUGAGGAGGGGGAGGAGGUGGCGGGUCAGAGUGAUGUUACGGAGGAGUUUGAUAUGGUGGUGGAUGGAGAUGAAACCGAGGAAUACGGUGGUGGAUUUCUUGUAGAUUGA